AUGCUCAAUGGUCAAGCUCUUGAGCUGCAGAGCGUCGUGCAAGACAUCCAGUGCAAUUCCACUGGCAGACGCUUGUCUGGCAGCCUCAAUCCUUGCCCAUCAGCUUCUGUGACGCAGGUUGGCCUGGAACACUUGCAGUUUUUGCAUGAUUGCACUGACAAGCUGCACGAUGAAGCUUGCAUCGCACAUUGUGGCUUUGGCUUUGACAUGCAAGAGGUCUUUGAAGGGACUGCACCCUCAUGCGAACCAAUUACCUGUUCAGACUUGGAGUUGGGGGAGAGAUUCUACCACAAUUGCCAGAGUAAGCGCUUUGGAGAGACCUGUGGAGUCAGCUGUGCAACCGGAUAUCACUUGCAAGGCCCAGAGCUGGGAAUCGAUCCGGCCAGUGAGCUGGAGACUGCUGAUGCUGAUGAUUUGGGCUCCAACAUCACUGCCCAACUGGAUGCAGCCAGUGUAUUUACCCUGCAGCAGCUAAUUGUGGAUGGCAUGAUGAAUGUGUCAGAAGCCAAGGCGGUGGUGACUUGCGACGAGCAGGGGUGGCAGCUGCAAGAUGAAUGCCCACCCGAGUCAUACCUUUUGGUCUGUUACCUCUUCCUCCUGGAGCUCAUGGCAAUGGUGGAGGUCUUGGAUCGGGAGCGGCAGCCUUGCUUCAUCAGGUACAAGGGGCACUACAAGCGGGACAAGGCCAACGACCUGGAGCGGGACAACCUGGAGAACUAG